AUGAUGUGGUAUACGGGAUUGAUAGUUACCGGCACAAUCGUCUGUGGCUGUCUUAACUCCCUUCUUACGAAGUUCCAAGAUAACCAAUGUGUGGCCCAUUGCAAUAAUCCGGACCCUACCAAACAUAAACUCUUCGAGCAGCCUGCAAUCCAGACCCUCCAGAUGUUCAUUGGAGAAUUGGCAAUCUACUUGGUCUACUAUUCCAUGUACAAGGCGCCCUGGUCCAAACGAAACGAAUACACUUCAUUGCUGGACAAUCCUAACAACCGAAACGUGGGCUUUGCUACCAACUUGUACCUUGCAAUUCCUUCCAUUUGUGAUCUUUUGGCCACCACGCUCAUGAAUGUGGGGUUGGUGUACACGCCUGUGUCGAUUUACCAGAUGACUAGAGGUGCAGUGGUGUUGUUUGUGGCCAUUCUCUCGGUAUUGUUUCUCCAGCGUCGGAUUCGUCGCCUUGAGUGGCUUGCUCUUGUGUUUGUGUCUCUAGGUGUUGCCAUUGUCGGCUACAGUGGAUCCGGUAAGAGCAGUGGGCCUAAAAAUGAGGACCCUCGCGCUGUAGCAUUCGGUAUCACACUUGUUUUAUGUGCUGUAGCUCUUCAGGCUGUGCAAUUUGUUGUAGAAGAGAGAAUUUUGAGCCGCUCGUCCCUCACGCCCUUGAAGUUGGUGUACACUGAAGGCUUCUUCGGCGCAGUUAUCUUGGUAGUAUCCUUGGUUAUACUCAAUUAUGUCUUCCAAGCAACACAAAGUCCUGCCAGCUUCAAGGACUCGCCCUUCAAUUUGGGCCAAUCUUUGCGGGAAACUUUUCUGCUGAACACAGUGCUAGUCACAUCGGCGCUUAUCAUGGUCUGUAUCUCCAUGUUCAACUACUGUGGACUCUCGUUGACCAACGAACUCUCUGCCACUGCGCGCUCCACCAUCGACAACUGUAGAACAUUGUUGGUGUGGAUUAUUGCCAUGGUGCUUGGAUGGGAAUCCUUCAAGUUCCUACAAUUUGUAGGCUUUGCUGUUUUGGUGUUUGGAACGCUCUGCUUCAACGGAAUCUUACAGCCAGAGGAGUGGACUUGGGUGCCUGCGUUCUUGAAAGACCCAGAUCACAAGAACGAUAGACUCAUCGAUGUCGUAGAUGAACCCAUUGACCGGAUGUGA